CUGAGCGCCCGCGCCGAGCGCGGCCAUGGGGAACGGCAUGUGCUCCCGCCGGCAGAAGCGCGUGCUGCAGACGCUGCUGCUGCUCACCGCGCUGCUCGGCGCCCUGUACGGCGCGAUGCUGCACUACGAGCUGCAGGCGCAGCUGCGCAGGGCCGAGGCGCUGGCGCUCAAGCACCAGCAGCACCAGGAGUCGCUGUCGGCGCAGCUGCAAGUUGUGUAUGAACACAGAUCAAGAUUGGAGAAAUCCUUACAGAAGGAAAGACUUGAACAUAAGAAAGCCAAGGAAGAUUUCCUUGUUUACAAGUUAGAAGCACAAGAAACACUAAAUAAAGGGAGGCAAGACUCCAAUAGCAGAUACAGUGCCUUGAAUGUCCAACAUCAGAUGUUAAAAAGUCAGCACGAGGAGCUGAAGAAACAGCACAGUGACUUGGAAGAGGAACACCGCAAGCAAGGGGAAGACUUCAGCAGGGCGUUCAGUGACCACAAGCAGAAGUACUUGCAGCUCCAGCAGGAAAAGGAACAAGAACUUUCUAAACUAAAAGAAACUGUGUACAAUUUGAGAGAAGAGAAUAGACAACUGAGGAAAGCACACCAAGACAUACACACACAGCUGCAAGAUGUCAAGCAACAGCAUAAGAAUUUGCUCUCCGAGCAUGAACAACUUGUAGUGACUUUGGAAGACCACAAGAGCGCACUAGCUGCUGCACAGACCCAAGUUGCAGAAUAUAAACAGCUGAAAGAUACUCUGAAUAAGAUUCCAAGCCUUCGAAAAUCUGGCCAAGCAGAGCUGCACAAUGUUACCCUCACCCAGGUGGCACAUCCUCUACAAGGUCACAACGCGGCAGGGGGCCAGCCGGCCGGAAAGCCACCAGAGGAGGCUCGCCCUGGUGACGUGUGGCAGAAUCAGGAAGCGGUGCCUGGAAGAGCAGAGGAAGUGAAGCCUUACACUCCCAGCCCGAAGGGGGCGGAGUUCCAGGCUGCCGCAGCGCACAGCCCGCACGACGUGGAACCCAGAGAGCCCGCGGAGCGCCAGGUGGAAGAGGAGCACAGAAAGGCCCUGGAAGAGGAGGAGAUGGAGCAGGUGGGGCAGGCGGAGCACCUCGAGGAGGAACAUGAUCCGUCGCCGGAGGAGCAGGACCGGGAGUGGAGGGAGCAGCACGAGCUCAAGGAAGCAGCCAGCCGGCGGGAGGGGCGUCCUCGUGCAGAGGUGCACCCUUCAGGCAAGCCGGUCACCAGAUUCCGGUCCCAGUAUGAGGAGCCAUUGGAGCAGCAGCGGCUGGCGGUGAGGAGGGACGAGGAGGCCCUGCGGCUGCGAGAACGCCAGGAGGCCUUGCACCAGCAGCGGCUGCAGGGACACCUGCUGUGGCAGCGGCAGCAGCAGGAGCAGCAGCUUCUGGCCAGAGGGGCGGCCCAGCAGAGGCAGGCUGGGCGCGAGGAGGGCGGGCAGCAGCGCCAGGAGCAGCUCCGGCAGCAAGCUCACUACAAUGCUGUGGAUAAUGAUAUUGUUCAGGGACCAGAGGACCAGCGAGUCCAAGAGGAGGAGGGCGCCUACGAAAGGGAAAAUCACCAAGAUGAAGCCGAAGGAGACCUCGGUAACGGACACGAGCCCCAUGAACAAGGACCCCGCGAAGGCGACCCAGACUCUGAGGCCGAUAGGGCAGCCGUAGAGGACAUAAACCCGGCAGACGACCCCAACAAUCAGGGUGAAGAUGAAUUUGAGGAAGCUGCGCAAGUGAGAGAAGAAAAUUUGCCCGAUGAAAACGAAGAACAAAAACAAAAUGAUGAAAAGCAAGAGAAUGCUGAGAUGGAGGAACAUUUGGUGAUGGCAGGAAACCCAGACCAGCAGGAGGAUGCUGUGGAUGAACAGUACCAGGAGGAGGGCGAGGAGGAGGUUCAGGAAGAUUUGACUGAAGAGAAGAAGCGGGAACUGGAGCCUAAUGCUGAGGAGACCUAUGGAGAAAAUGAUGAUAACGCUGACGAUAAAAACAACGAUGGAGAAGAGCAAGACAUCCAAGGGGAGAGCCGCCGCAAAGGUGGAGAAGAGCACUACGAGGAGGAGGAGGAGGAGGGGGAGGAGGAGGACGGGGCGGCUGCCCCUGAGAAAGCGCACGGGAGAGCGGAAAUGUAGCUGUGCCCAUUUCCAGGCAGUGCUCAGCCAACGGAUUGUUCUCAGGCUGCUCUACGAUAAAUCUGCCUACUGAACUCCAGGAUACUUAAUUGCAAAAAAUUAAGAAUUUAGACUUUUUAAACUUUUUUAUUAGAAAUGCUCAUACAUUUAUAUGAAUAUAUUUUGAUAACUUAGGUUAGAACUUCUUUUAUAUUCAAGCUAAACACGUGCAAGGAGAAAACCAAUAAACAUACACAUACCUUAGGCCCUGGGACUUAUUUUUCAGGGAUCAUGUGAUGUUGGAGGAGCAUCGCUUUUGUGUAUGUGUUGAGUUGCUCCUUUGCUGGCUCUGGAGUUCCAUGUUCUGUUUGCCUUUGAUAAAAUACAGGAUUUUAUAGCAGGGAAUAAGCAGAGCGCUGUGCACGCCUCAAGAGCGGCUAGUCUACUCACUGCCGCGCUUUGAGGUUCUUGUGUACGGUUCUGAUAAUUCUCACCAGUCUGCAGUUCUGGGAUGAGCUCUGUAUACAGUGACAUGCAAGUAGAAACCCAUUUUAGUUGCAGAGUAGAGAUACUGUUUUUCAAAUAUUUUGGAUCUGUUAGAAACAUGUAUGGUAUUACUUAAAGUUGUAAUGUUGAAAAUGAGAUGGUACUCAAACUCAGAUGGCGGUGUCCUGAUUCGAACGGUAUCUCACUGUGUGAAAACGGGUGGUGCAUCCGUGUCUUAACCUUCUUUAAGGAUUGCUGACAGACUGAGUCAGCGGGCACACGUGGUAUUUUCUACGUGAGCGCCUGUCCGCAAUAUGAUUUUGGAGUCACCUAGUUACAUGUUUAUUUCAGUAGCUAGUUCUUCACAGUAGCAUAUAUCUCCUUUAAGCUCCGUGCCUCAGUAUAUAGUCUCUUCUAUGACAGUUAUGAAUAUGAAGGCUCACCUAACUGUACAGUUUAAUAGGAUUAUUUUUCAAAACUCUGUGGUAAAAAACCUUUCACAGUAGCAUCGAGAAAAAUGAAGUAUUUCAGAAUUAACCAAACCAAGGACGUGAAAGACCUCUAUAGUGAAAACUGCAAUACUCUGCAAAAAAUAUACAUGGUAAUGUGAUAGAGCCUGGUGGCUUUUCUGUUGCCAGAAAUAUGAAUUAUAUUAGGUCCCUUUAAAAAGAAAAUUACACAGCCAAAAAUUUCCACAGAAAUACACAUUUCAGGUACAGACAAAAAAUGUUAAAUAUACAGAACUAUGUUAUAUAAUUCAUAUGUGUGGUUUUUAAAUAAGUCUUCCAAAAUAAUUUGAACAAAUUUCAUUUUCUGCCGCUGUUGUAUGAAUGUAAUUUGUUUUUUAAUAACCACACUCAUGUAUGGUUUUAUCCCCGGUGAGCAAUUAUGUACAUAUUCAUAGGAAUAUUUUGUUCAAAUAUAUUUUGGAUUUCCAAUAAUCAUAAAUCAAAUCUUACCUUUAUGUAUAAAAACUUUUUAUGUAAUGUAAAAUGUAUAAUACUGUACAUAAUAUUCAGAAUACAAUUAUUUUGGUAAAUUAGUUUGUAUUUUUAAUGUCCCAGCUGCCGUAUUUAAUUAUUUGAAACAUAACUUCGUAAUAGUCAAUAAAGCUAUAAAAAGCAAGUGGUAAA